AUGUCUCGCGUCGCGGGCUCGCGCCUCCUCCCUAGGAUCUCUGCGCUCUCCUUCUGCACCGCCUCCCCGGCAACCGCCGCCGCUUCCUCCUCCUCAUCCACGGCAGAGGCGGCAGCGGCAGCCGCCACCGCCUCCGAGGCCUCCUCCACCGCCGGAGAUCCAUCCUCCCAGCCGCCCCAGGCAGCCCGCAAGCCGUGGGGCGCGCUCAUGUUCGCCUCCUUCGCCGCCGUGUCCGCGGCGGUUGGCGGCACGGGCUACGUCAGCUACGCUUAUUCUCUGGAUGAAGUGGAUCAGAUGACGCGGGAGCUCCGGAAGAAGUCGAAGCAGCCGAUUCCUGAGGAUGCUUCCGGCUUUGAGAGGUUUCAGGCUAUGGCUUAUGCAGCAGCUAUGAAAGUUCCUGUUGCCGCUAUUGAGGUAUACCUGGAUGUGAGGAGCCAAAUUGAAGAUCAAAUUCGGGGCUUUAGCGAACCAGUAUCAGACAAACUUCUUCCAGAUCUUCUUCCUCAAGAGCAGCAUGUAUUGACUCUAGUUCUGGAUCUGAACGAGACUCUUGUAUACUCAGAUUGGAAGCGUGAGAGAGGAUGGAGGACCUUUAAGAGGCCAGGAGUGGAUGCCUUUCUUGAACAACUCGGGAGGUUUUAUGAAAUUGUUGUGUAUUCUGAUCAGCUUAGUAUGUAUGUUGAUCCUGUUGUUGAUAGGCUGGAUCCAAAGGGCAAUAUUCGACACAGACUAUCAAGAGUUGCAACUAAGUACGAAAAUGGAAAACAUUAUCGGGAUCUGUCAAAGCUGAACAGAAAUCCUGCUCAAGUUCUUUAUAUCAGCGCUCAUGCUAAAGAGUCAAGCCUGCAGCCUGAAAAUUGUGUGGAAAUUAAACCUUGGAAGCUUGAAAGUGAUGACACUCAACUGCUUGAUCUUAUUCCAUUUCUAGAAUAUGUUGCUAUGGUAAGACCUUCUGACAUCAGGGCUGUUCUUGCAUCCUAUCAAAGUGGUGAUAUCGCUGCCGAGUUUAUUGAGCGCUCUAAGGAGCACCAGAGUUCUGCAACUUCUGUGAAAGGUUUCCUGAUUCAUAUUGCUGUCAUGACAAAAACAGCUAAUGAUUUUACUGGGUAG